GUUGGGUAGUGCCGUGCACGCGAGUGUUGUGUGAGUUUGGUAGCCGGGGAUUGACACUGUACAAGGAACAUUUCGGCCUCAAAUAAAUAACCAAUAACAAUUGCUGUCUCGAGUGUCGCGCAGUUUUAAUCACAAUAAGAUUGAUCGUAGAUGCUAUGCGAUGUGUGAUUAAUGCCAAUUCCAAUAAGAGGUUGCAGUAGGCCACAUGAAAAUUAAUUUCCAAAGUUGAACGUGGGUCAAAUGUUGAAAAAUGCGCCUAAUCUAUGAUAGUAAUAGAUGGCAGAGGUUCAUUCAACAAUAACCGUUCAAUAGCACUAAAUUGUUCCGUACUUUCAUGGAUUUUGGUUGAUCCACGGAUAUAAAUCAAUGAACGAAUUCAUAUGGAAAGUAAAUUGGACGCAAAUCAAGCAUUUUAUUUUCGUGAAACAGUUAUAGUGAUGUUACAGGGGCUAAUUAUUUGUCUGUAAUUAAAAAAAAUUGAUAAUUCUUUCAAUUACUAAUCGGGACGUGAAGUGAAAGAAGUGAAAAGUACACAUUGUGGAUCUUAUGAUUGAUCUGAAGAGGAGGAGAACGAUUUGCAUUGAUAGAGAGAAAGAAAGAAUAUUCAUUUUUGGGAGACAAGUGAUCACGUGCAAUGCCGAGAUGCUGCAAUGAUAAUAAAGCAGUGAGUCCAGUGAGCAGCAAUAAAAAACACACGGAAGAUAUUGUGCUCACACCCAGUCGUUUUCCCAUUGGUAAUCCCCUGGAAUUUGUUACCAAUAAUCGUCCGGUGGCGGAAAAAUCACACAGGAGAUUACGCUGUGAUCUGAGUCCAGUUCCAACAAAUUCAAACGGAAGUCUCAGCAUUAAGUUCCUUGGUUUGAAGGCUGAUAAAGGUCACCGCCAAGAUCAUCAGGUGAGCUCAGGUGGUGGAAGUAACAGAGGAAGAGAAAAGGAGGCAAAGAAACGUGCAGCUAUAGGCAACGCAGUGCGAGGACUCUUUCCCUCUGGCCACACCAGACAGGACAGGUAUGAAACAACGAAACAGCGUACGUCAGGGGGAACGGGGGGUGUUGGCCUUUCCGGUUUAUGUCCAAAACUUUUGGCCAGUGGUAAUGUCAACAACGAUGCCGAUUCCCAGACCGGCAUUACCCUGGGAGUGGGCCACGUAGUCAAUGAUGAGCCCACAAACAGUUGCAGUGUUGUCACCACCCAGCGUAAUCAUCGUCGCCAACGCAAACUAGGCAUAAUAAAUCCUUCAGGGAGUGGUGGAAGUAGUGAUCGUAGGAAUUCAAACACUAAUCGUAAUUCAAAUAAAAAACAAUUACGAAGAGAGACUGCAGAAUCCACUGUAAUUACAAACGGAUUAACUUCAUCAAAGAAACUUUCUCAAGUGAUAAGCCAAGAUCAGACAAGUGAUACGGGGUGUAGCGAUGUCGAGGAGGUUUCAUCAGCUAGUGAAGCAAUGUCCAGAAUACCCAGCUUCAGUUCGACUCCUUCCACCCCUGUUGGUCCAGUAAAAUCUAGAAAAAUAAGUAAUGAAGAUGAGACUGCUGAUAGAGUACCGCCCACGGACUCUGAAACAUCGUUAACUGACGAUAAUCUCCCAAGGAAAUCAAAUUCCUCGCAGGAAAGACACUCAGACGCUUCUGAAAGCUCGAAAACUUCGACUCCAGUGCGUAAAAUCUCUUUCAAAACGCGCGAUGGCGAGAGUAAGCGCCCCAAAACCCCUUCAAGUCACUCACGAUCCAUUGACAUGGACAAAUCGUCAUCCUCCACUACAAAAUCAGAAGCAAAAAUUAAGAAUGAAACUAAAGAAAGACGAAAAACCUCCGUAGACACAACGUCACAGAUUCCGAAACGAAAGAUUUCAAGUGAUGUAACAGAAGUUGACUCGAGUAAGAGAUCUUUAUCGUCAACUUCGAGAGACGAAGACCAACAUAAUGAUGGAAUCGAAAAAUUCAAGUUACCAACAAUGAAAAACAUGAGAUUCAUGAUGGCCGAUGUAACAGCUGAUUCUAUGAUGACCGAAAAAGAUCAAGAAACGAGAGAUGUUUCUUCCUCUGACGUUUCGUCGAUUGAAGUCGAAGAAACAGUGACAAUAUAUGAGGAUGACAAUGGUACGAGUAUAAGUGAUAUUGUAGCAGCUCAAGCACUUCGAGAAUCUUUGAGUAAACUUGGUAAAGUACCUUCACUCGACGCAGAGCCAGAAUUAGAAACUGUACUCUCGGAAGAAUCGAAAAAAAAAAUCGAUUCAAAUGAUCAGAAGGAUGCAUCUGGCCAAGAAGAGACAAUCGAGGGAUUUAUAGGGCCAUUAUUAGACGAGAAUUUUAAGGCUGAUGCUACUAAAUUGACUCAAGAAAAGAUGACGAUGGAGGAUGUGCGAAAUUUAAUGAUGAAAGUCAAAGUUCAGACUGUUGAAGACGAUGGUGAUGACGAGAAAGCUAUUGGCAUCUCCCCUGACGAGAGAUUCUUGAAAUUCGAAGAGGAAAUUGGUCGAGGAAGUUUCAAAACUGUCUAUCGAGGUUUAGAUACACAGACUGGGGUGGCAGUAGCCUGGUGCGAGCUUCAAGAGAAAAAAUUGAAUAAAACUGAACGACUGAGGUUUCGGGAAGAGGCAGAAAUGUUGAAGGGCUUGCAACAUCCCAACAUCGUACGCUUUUAUGACUAUUGGGAGGUUACUUUAACUCGGAGAAAGUACAUUGUCCUCGUAACCGAGUUAAUGACGUCUGGAACACUGAAGACGUACCUCAGGCGGUUCAAGAAAUUGAGUCCUAAAGUUGUCAAGUCUUGGUGCAGGCAAAUAUUAAAGGGUCUAGCAUUUUUGCACUCCAGAUCGCCACCAAUAAUCCAUCGAGAUCUCAAGUGUGACAAUAUCUUUAUUACAGGACCAACUGGUCAUGUUAAAAUUGGUGAUUUAGGUUUGGCAACAUUGAAAAACCGAAGUUUUGCUAAAAGUGUGAUUGGAACACCAGAGUUCAUGGCGCCCGAGAUGUAUGAGGAGCACUACGAUGAAUCAGUUGAUGUUUAUGCAUUCGGCAUGUGCAUGCUCGAGAUGGCGACGAGUGAAUAUCCUUACUCCGAAUGUACUGGACCAGCUCAAAUCUACAAACGAGUUGUCUCCGGUGUGAAACCUUUAUCUUACGACAAAGUGGAGAAUCCCGAGGUUCGUGAAAUAAUUGAGAUGUGCAUAAGGUUAAAAAAAGAAGAAAGACCACUGGUUAAGGAUUUAUUAAACCACGAAUUCUUCGCUGAAGACGUGGGACUGAAACUAGAAAUGGUAUCGCGCGAUACUGCAGUUGCUGAUACUGAAUUAUCGCGUGUUGAAUUUAGAUUGCGUGUUUUGGAUCCAAAGAAACGUAGUAAUAAGCAUAAAGAGAAUGAAGCUAUUCAAUUUGAGUUUGAUAUUCAGUCUGAUAAUGCUGAAGAGGUUGCACUGGAAAUGGCUAAGUCGAGUUUGAUACUUGAAGAAGAUGCUAAAGCAGUGACGAAAAUGUUGAAAUCACAAAUAGCUGGUUUACUUCGGGAUCGGGAAGAGAGAAAGACCAAGGAAGAAAGAGAACGGCUUGAUCGAGAGCGAGAGGCUGUUGCGGAGAAUUCGUCUAAUUUAUUGCAGCAGGUGCAGAUUCAACCCCAACAGCAGCUACAGCAGCAAAAUCAACCACAGCAGCAACAACAGCAACAGACGUCGCAAUCACAAUUACAGUCACAAUUGCAACCACAGCUGCAAGUACAGCAACAAUCACAGCAACAACAGCAGUUGAAUAUGCAGAUGCAAGGACAUAUUCAGAUGCAAACUUCUCAGAUCCCCUCUCAAAUGCAAGCCCAGAUGUCCCAACAAUCACCUCAAAUUCCUCCAAACAGCCAACAGAAUAUGCAACAGAAUAUGCAACCGAAUAUGCAGCCACAACAAGUACAGAUGGUUCAACAGCAAGCGAUGAUGACUCAACAAACAACGGCCGUUGUGCAACCCCAACAAGCUCAGCAACUGGCUCAAGUCGCUCAGGUAACUCAGCCCCAAGUCUAUCAGCAAAUUCAGUACCCACCGCAGAGCCAGCAGCAGCCUCAAUAUACUCAGCAGAUGGCUCAGGGAAUGAGUGCUAAUUCUUCGCAAUGUUCAACACCACAAACCAUUCAAGGGCCUCCUCAGUUCCCCCAGAUGAUUCAAACUGGCGUUCAACAACAAGCGCAUGUUCAGCAACAGCCGCUCAUUAAUCAGGCUCAGGGGCAAUUGCAGCAGUCCCAGCAGUAUAUGCAAAUCAAUCAGAUGGCUGUGCAACAGCAGGGACAAAUCCAGCCUCAGAUGCAACUCAAUCAGCCACAGCCACAAGUUCAGCAGGUCCUUCAACAAGGUCAACCCCACAUGCAGUACGCACAGGGACAGAUGCAACAACAACAAAUAUCGCAUCAAAUGAUCCCGAACCAAAUGGGGUCCGCACCAAUGCAGGUCCAACCGCAGUAUUAUCAGCAUGGGGCCACGAUCUACCAACAGAACAUCCAACAACAAGUAUACCAUUAUCCUAAUAAUUCUAAUGCUCCAACUCACUGUAAUUCCAAUCAGCCAACGUCGCAGACGUAUGUACAGGUAUCAAAUACCCCUGUGCACGUAACCGCAUCCCAAGGAUUUGUUCAAACGAGUCAACCUCAAUCCCUCGGGACUACCAGUGUGCAGAAUAUACAAACGACUGUGCAAAUGCCAAAUAAUGUGCAGAAUCAGAAUGUGAUUUCUAGUGGGCAGGCACAAGUGAUGAUGCAAAUGCAGUAUACCCAGACGAAUCAGAUUCAGGCUACUGGGAAUAAUGUUAUUUCUACCCAACAAAGUAUUCAACCGCAAUCGACUCAGAUGCAGCCACAAAUGCAGGCUCAGGUACAGCCACAGGCGCAAGUGCAAAUUCCAGUUCAGCCCCAGACUCAAGUCCAAAUUCCAGUUCAGCCACAGACUCAAGUCCAAAUUCCAGUUCAGCCCCAGACUCAGGUUCAAGUUCCAAUUCAGCCACAGAAUCAGGUUCCAGUUUCAAUUCAGCCACAGAAUCAGGUUCCAGUUUCAAUUCAGCCACAGAUUCUGCCUCAAAUGCAAUCUCAAAUUCAGCCUCAGGAAGUCAUCAGCAUGACUCCUCAAAAUUCGUUGAUCAAACAAGAUACAAUGGAGUCUGUCACUUCUCUUACAUCUGAUGGACCUCAAGGUCUGGUACAAGAGCAAUCAGGUACUUCUGCAUCAUUUGAUAAUCAACAUGAAAGCUCGGAUAACGUGGCUGCACCCGAGAGAAGCAGAGUCAAACGAUCCGGUACGAAAAGAAAGAAACCUGGUAUUAAAUUGACGGUGUUAUCUGUGAGCAAUGCGGAAGGACAAUCCAUGACUGUUGAAUGCCAGUUGGACACGAGUAAACAAAAAACCGUUACAUUCAAGUUCGAUAGAGAUGAUAUGGUGCCGCUGGAUAUUGCCAAUAAUCUUAUUGCUGAGAAUCUCCUGCCUCAAACACAAUGCGAGACAUUUGUCGAGCUCAUUGAGGAUAUUGUGAAGCAGCUCAGGUUGGAUCCCACUCGUAGUUUGCCACUGGUGGCUCAUGGACCUCCCGAUCAAUCGGCUGGAGGGAGCCCAGUGACGAGCAGAAGGCCUAGGGACCGGGAUCAUAGUCUCGAUGCAUCUAAGCAGGUCAGACAUGGUUCGCUGACUCGUCAGAGCAGCCAUCGAUCUUCCUACAAAGCUCAUCGUAGGCACCGAUCGAGAGACGAGACUUCGAACUCCUCAGCUUCUUCAAAGAUCCUUCCAAUUGAUCAAAUAAUGUCUCAAAUAACAUCGGCACAAGGGGAUAAGCUCCCUCAAAAUGUUUUCACAUCUGAAGGCCCAAAUACUAAUGAAAACAGCACUUCCGAAGAAAUUUCUCGGCGCUCCUCGACGUCUACCCAAAAUACAGAUACAUUAACUCCCGUCAACGUCCUCAGUGAUUCCAAUGAGAAUUACGAGAGUGUAGGCUCCGAAGAGACCCUGCUCGAAGCCAAUACUAACUUGUUAGAGGACAUUGGAGAGUUUACCUCAAAGGCCAUGUUCCCGGGAACCACGGAAACAUUUUCACAGACUCAAAAAUCUGGCGAAGAACUCUCCCAAGAGGUGAACCAACAAAUGACUGGCCCAGGAUCUGCUGGGGACCCUCAAGAGCUUCCGUCCUUGUCUGGUGAAGAUAUGAAACUAGGAUCAGAGUUGAAACAAAAGCCUCUCCCAAUGCGGAAGAUUUCGAGAUUUCUGGUGAGUCCAGUAGCUGAGCAGAAAUCUAUCUCUGUGGAUUCAGACUCCGUGGUCGUUCACGAAAACAUCGUAACUCCACCACAACCAUUAUUACUUCCUUCUGCUGACCCAUUGCACAUUCAGCAUAUUCAGAAACAAGAAAUAGAGACAAAGACUCUAGAAGUACGAACUGGUGUUGCUGAAUUUAUUCACCAAGAUUCUGUGGGUAAUCAACAAAUUGUCCAGACACAGCAGAUACAGCAACAGCAGCAGCAGAUAAAUCAAUUGCCUGCAAACGCUGCAGUUGUCACACAAACAAAACAGGAAACAGUUAUGGUGGUGCAAACGACUAAUUUACCACAGCCCCCUCAGUUAAUUCAAAACGUCCAGGCUGCUCAGAAUGUUCAGUACCAUCAGAAUACUGGAAUGGUUCAGCAAAAUACUGCAAUUGUUCAUCAAACGGGCAUUCAAACGAAUGAGAAUAUUCCUCAAAUGCAGAAUGUUGCUAAUCAGCAAUAUCACGCAGAAAUAACUCAUACAAUUCAACAACAAAUACUUCAGUCCGAGCAAGGUAUCCAACAGAAUCAGAUGCAUCAGAUGAAUCAAAUGAUUGACAUCAAUCAGAUGCAAAUGCAGCACCAAAUGUCUCAAAACAUCCCUCAACAAUUGGGCCAUGAUCAAAAUCGAAUGAAUCAGCAGCAUCAUCAAAUGCAACAGCAUUUUGUCCAAACAAUGCCACAACAAAUGCAAUCAUCACAGCAGAAUCAGCCUAUUCCACAACAGUAUGUUAUUCUCUCGGGCCCCAUGGCCCCAAUUCAGGGUAGUAACGUAGAAGAUUGGAGCAGAAGGGCUCCUAAUCUAUCUACAGACUCUCAGGGGAAUAUGGAUAUCAGUUGUAUGACUAAUCCGUCAACAUCUCAUCCUUCAACUGAACAAUCAGCUCCAGUGUCUCAUGAACAUCAUUACCAAAAUUUUCAUCAGAAUUUUUCUCAGACAAUUCAGGCACCAGUACAGGAACCUCCUAAAGUCAAAGCUAAAGAGGUAUCUUCAACUCUUCCAGAUCUUGCUCAAAACCUAGCAAAUAUUUUGUCAAAUCCAAAAACAAAAUCAACGACUCCUCAUAAUGCUACACCUCACGAUCAACCGGGUGUUGUUAAUCAACCAACUUUGCCUACUCUACAUUCAGAACAGUAUUUUCAGCCGAUUCAACCUGAAAUCUCUCAACAAAUGCAUACGCAUAUUCAACAGCAGAAUUUUCAAAUUCAACAUCAAAAUUUCCAAGCCAUCAGUCAUCCUCAGAUGCAGGCGCAUGGAAUUCAAAUGCAGGGACAUCCUCAACAGACUGAGAUGAGCAAUCAACACCAACUACAGCAACAGCAGCAACACCAAACGCAAACAUUGUUGCAGCCUGUUAUCCAACAACAACAGCAACAAGCUUUUCCCCAAGAAAUCCAGCAGGUUCAGUGUCAAAUGGAAUUGAAUUUAUUAAAUCAAAAUAUGAUGAUGCAGGGUCAGCGGGUGGUGCCUAACUAUCCAGCGAAUCAAAAUAUACAGCAUGUGAUUCAGCCAGUUCCAGUACAAUACGUAAAACCAGUUCAGACCAUAAUUCAGCAACUACCACCCCAAUUAUCGCUGGAGCAACAAGAUCUGCAGAUGGACCAGCUUCAGCAGAAUCUACAAUUGAGACUUCCAGAGCCGCAUAAAACAGAGACAGAUUCAGCUAUCGAUGUCAGCAGCGUCAGCAGGCGAACAAGUUCUGAUUGUCAAAUGAUGUAUGAGACAGAUACGACCAUUUCUAGUAGAGAUAUCACACCUGAGCACACGAUAAUUGAAUCUUCAGAUUCAGUUCAUCACUCGUUGCCUCAAUCCAUUGUCCAGAAUCAUUACAAGUUGAGUCAACAGAAUUCAUUGGAAAAAUCGACGGAAGUGUCAAGCCCUGGGCCACAGACUAUAGCAGAUCUUCAGCAAAAACUAUCACAAUUGACGAGUCAACCAUCAGAGUCACUCAAUGUUGGAACACCACCAAUAAGUCAUCCGGUGACGCCCCAUGGACUUCCUGGAACUUCUGGACACGAUACGAACCUGCCAGUAGUCCAUAAUAAAGCAAUUUCUAACGUCCCAUCAGUUAAUCCUCCAGUUCAACCAUUGAGUCCAUUAUCUCCUCAAGCAACAGUGCAUUCAGGGCACGUUUAUGUUGAUCCAAAUACUGUCACUGUGACCUCUAAUAUUUCUAAUGCUAAUACCGUUGGGAGUGACGAUCAAGGUUCUCAGUCUGCUGCCAACAUGUCUGAGGGAGUGCCUCUGGAUAGUCCAGUACCAUCAGGAUCAACAGGAGAGACUAUGUGUAGUCCCAGUAAAGAGAAUGUCAAGAACGUCAGAGCUCCAAGGCCCAGUUCUAGACUACAAGAAUUGGAACAAGAGCUUGCUAAAAUCCAUCAUAAAUGCACAGGACUUCCUACGUCUUCUCCCCAGCCCUUGACCCCUCCAAUGACUGGUGUACAAGGGAUUUCCACUGGAAGUGGUCAGUUACCCCUUCAAUCGUUACCUCAAUCUCUCCUUACUCCAGUAAUUCCAAUAUCUGCAAUUCCUGUCGGCACAGUGGCCCCAUGCGUUGUUUCCAGUAACUCUGGGUCCGAUACUCCAGUGCAUACGGAAUUGCCAACGGAUACUGGGGCACAGAAUCAGCCAGUGAGAAAGGUUUCAAGGUUUAUGGUAUCUAAAGUAUCUGGACCACCACCUGGGGAAGGAUCAGCGGGUGUUCAGGGGCAGGUGGUUGAUGUGCAAAAGCAAACGACAGCGCAGGAAACAUUGGGACACCAUUACGUCGAUGAGUUUCAGCAACAAGGACCUGCGGUAGUGCUGCAAAGCCGAGAAGGUUCGAUGCCCCCAGGGCCAUCGAUUCAGUUAGGAUUAUCCAUUGAGAUGGAGAAAGACGAGAGGAAGCAGCUUACGCCCAGUGAUGAGUAUCAAAUGCUGAUCAAGAGGCAGACCCUAGAGCUGGAGUGUUUACAAAGAAGACAUAGGGAGGAGCUGGAGCGAUUUCAACAACAUCAGCUACAACUCCUAAUCCAAAAACAGCAGCAAGCCAGUGCCAUUGCACAUCAUCAACAUCAUCCUCUCCUCUAUCACACAGUGGCGACAACUGUACCCUCUAGACCUCAUGGAAUGGAGGAUUACCUGAUGUUCAGUACAGCUCCACAAGCCUCAUUCCGUCGAAUUUCAGGGUACGUUCCAGAUACGGAUGAAACACUUCGGUUAGCAACGCAGAAGCUCAAGCAAGCCAGUCAACCGGCCUCCAGCAUAUCUCAUGCUUAUGUUAUUCCUAUUCCGGUGAUGCCUGAAAGUUCUCACAAGCCCUUUGCUAUUCAGGAAAACGAGAGCAUCGGAAGCACCAAUGGCCCAACAAUCUCUCAUCCUGGAUAUCAAUUCACUUCCAUAAUCCCUGACGGUGCAAGUGUCACUACGGGGAAGGGCUCGAUUGUACAGGCAACUCCUCUAUCAAGUUCGACAAGCACUGCUGGAGUUAGCAGUGCUGGUGGUGCUCCUGGUUAUGUACACUAUCACGAUUCACAUUCUGCUAAUUUCCAAACUUUCAGUUAUACUCCUCAUGGGGGGUUUUUCCUGCCUCCUGGGUAUCGACUUGUUUAUGCCCCGCCUGACACUUCACAGUCACAGCCGGAGACACCGGCUACGCCGCACCCUAGUGGUUCUCAUGACGGAACACCACCUGGAGAGCCCCAGGGACAUGAUAAUGUACAGGGAAAUAAUAGUGAACAGUGAAAAUUUAUAGAAUAAUCUAUGGAGUUUAUGGAAGAUAGAGAUUUUUUUAUGUUCAAAACCUGAUGAAGAAAGUAAAUGCGACACAUCUUUCCAUUCACUUCUAUCUCAUUACAGUCAACUGAUUCUGUUCUGCUGUGAUUCAAUACGACAGAAUUAAUAGCCUUAUUUGCACAUUUAUCUCGGGAUUCAUUGAUUUUAGUGACAAAGUCCAGAGAACGUUCUUUUUGUGAAUUUUUCACGUAAUAACGGCUCUUAUCCAUUUAUUUAGACUCAUUUAUUAACCAGAGAACUUCAUUCCUAAAAUGAAAAAAAAAAAUGACUUCUUACGCGACAUAUUUUACGGAAUUUCGUUUGAUUGUGUGAUUACAUCCACAAAAUACAGCGAAUCUUAGUAAAAUUAUGAUAUUUUAUAUUUCCAGAGCUAUACAAUUAUUCGGAAAAGUAUUUCAUAAGUAAUAAAUUGAAUAUUUCCUUAAUGUGCUUUCAUCCUUCGUUGACAAAUGUUCUUCUCAAACGUGCCACUGUUAAAAAAAUACAGAAUCAUGAGAGAAGAAAUAGUGAAAUGGUAUAAUUCGUCAGAUGGGGAAGUUGCAGAGAGAAACAUAGAUUUUAAUUAUAUAAAAGAAUUAGCUCGAAACGUUCGCACGUGAUAUAUAUAUUUGUAAUUGAAUUGUGUGAAAUGAUUACAUGUUGGCUUUAAUGUCAGAAAAAAAAACCGAAUGACGAGCAUUUUCCAAUUGUAAACGGUUGAUCAAUGAAUUUGCCUGUUUAUUCUUUCUCGAAAAAAAAAAAAAAAAAAAAUUGAUGAAUUAGUUUCUUUUUUCAUUUCCAAUUGAAAGAAGGAAUAAUCCAUGAUUUUGUGCAGGCCUCAACUAGUCCUUACGAUCGUAAUGGCUGAUGAAUAAUUUGCCAUUAUCCUCGGAGAAAUAAAAAUGUAAAUGUAAAAGUUUUUAAAAAUGGAGUAACGAAUGCUUGAUAGAUUUUAUUUAUCUUGAGAGCUAAUUAAACGUGUGCAAGUGAUGAUAAUGUUUUUUUUUAAUGAGUGCAAGAUAAAAGUGUGAUUGAGAAGGAUUAAAUAUAGUCACUGUUAUGCUUUAAUGUAUUUUCUAGCAAUUUAAAAAACUACUUCAAUUAAAGAA